UAUUAGAGUUGCUAAAUGUGAUGAAAUUCAUUUCUUUGGUUCUCCUCAUUAAUUGCGAAAUAGUUUGGUAAUAACAACCACCAAUACAUAUAAAGGCCACACUCAGUUAAGUGUCGGUAUUAAAUAAAAACCAACGAAGAAAAGUUAAAUUGGACAGUCUCAACUGAGCUGACAAAGUAAACCCGAUUGAUUGAAUUUUAAACUCAAAUAAGUCACUUUAUAUGUGCGGUGUUAUAGUUGGUGUGACAAACAAGUGAUUUUUGUUCAAAUAUGCCUAACAAUCGUAGACCAAUUGCAUACAGUGGGAAAAAGAAGAAAGUUCAACUACUGGCUAAGCGACAGAAGAAUGAUCUAAAUGAAUCGAACGACAGUGAAACAGACGAGUCAAAUAAUCGAGUUGAUGAUUCCAGUGCUGGGCCAAGGAAGAAGGUCAAUUUUUUCCUGUCAGCUAAAAAGUCGACAAACACCCAGUCAAACAAUGGAAAAUAUUCGUUGUCGUUUCAUAGUGAAACACUUAAAGAGAUAAAAGCACAAAAAGAAGCGGCCAAAGAACCUAUUCAGGUUCUUUCACCCAUUGAUCUGGAAACUGGCGAUGAAUACUUUCGAGGAUACGAUUUUCCCAUCCGACCACCAUGGAACCAUGGAAUGUCGAAAGAGAAAAUGAAUACAAACGAAAUUCGUUAUUUUACAGAAUAUGUCAGGAAACUGGAAAGCAGACACACUGACGAGGACAAAGUGAUGAGUUUCUGUGAACUAAAUCUAGAAAUCUGGCGACAACUGUGGCGUGUACUGGAGAUAUCUGACAUUGUGUUAGUUAUUGUGGAUGCACGGAAUCCGAGCUUAAUGUUUCCGCCCUCACUGUUCAAAUAUGUCAAAAAUGAGUUGAAGAAGGACAUGAUUUUGGUGUUGAACAAAAUCGAUUUGGUGCCGUCACACAUUGUCCUGGCCUGGAAACAUUAUUUUGAAGAAAAGUAUCCGGACAUUCGAGUCAUAUUAUUUACAGCAUAUCCAUCAUACAAUUUACUGCCGGCGCAGGAACACGAUGGAGCACAACGUCAUCGUCUUCGCAUGCUUCGUCGACGAGGAAAAAUGCAGAUGGCUAAAGAGGGCGCAUAUCAGAUCCAACAAGCUUGCAAAUCGAUCGUUGGCGAUCAAGUCGACAUAAAUAGCUGGGGGAAGAAAAUUAUCGAAGAGAUGAAGGAUACCCCGCGAGAUACAGAUUUAGAAUCAUUGCCAAAGUCUGAACAACAAGCACCUCCUCAUGAUGAUAGCGAAUUCGAUACGAACGAUCGAGUUCGAUUUCAGAAUGGCAUAUUAACCAUUGGUUGUGUGGGCUUUCCAAACGUUGGUAAAUCAUCUCUUCUGAAUGCUCUCAAGGGAAAAAAGGUUGUGAGCGUGAGCCAAACACCAGGUCAUACAAAGUAUUUCCAAACGAUAUUUUUAACGAAGAACGUACGAUUGUGUGACUGUCCCGGACUAGUAUUUCCUUCGUGCGUACCACGGAAAUUGCAAGUUCUAAUUGGAAGCUACCCCGUAACGCAACUUCGAGAACCGUUGGCAUCAGUACAGUACUUGGCUGAACGUGUCGACUUAAAGAAAACGUUGAAUGUUGACGUGGAUAAUCCAUGUUCGGCAAUCGACAUUUGUGAUGCUUGGGCUUCGGUACGUGGAUUUCUAACGGCCAAAACAGCACGAUUCGAUACAAAUAGAGCAGCAAAUCAUAUUCUGCGCAUGGCGAUCACAGGUCAAAUUGUGUUAUCAUUGCUACCAGUUGGAUUUGUUGCGACUGAACGUGAAUGGCAAACACAUGCAGGCAUUAAAGAUAUCGAAAGUAUCAAAGCUCUUGGAAUAACAGAACAUUUGCAGGACGUAGAUGAAAACUGCGAUUCUAUUUCCGAUUAUACAGAUGACUCAAACCUUGAUGAAUCGGACAACGAAAAUGAUGCUCAAGACGAUGAAGAUACGUUCAUUAGGUCCAAGACUAAUGCGUUCCAUCUACUUGACGACGAUGAUGAAGAAGAAGAUGAAUAGGCACUUCAAUAUCUCUCUAUUAGUGUUAAGUUUAAAAAAAAACUAGUCAUUUUAUUUAUUUGUUUAUUUAUGUUCGGCCGUUUGUGUCUAUAGAAAAAAAAAACCAAUGACGAGAAGAGGCGCAGGUGAUUGUAUUGUGAUUAUAAUCUGGUGAAGGAUCCGUGAUCCGUAAUA